GGCCAUUAAUUUCCGGGAUCCUCGACUCGUUUCCCUUCCCACUACUCUGAUCCUCUCUAUCAGCGCCGCCUGCCUCCAAGUCCCUGAAUCCACGGGCGACUCGCUUGCUCCCCCUGUUUUCCUCGGCCGCCGGAGCGCGUCGCCUCCGAGCAGCAGCAGCACUCCGGCAGUCCCUGGUUGUUCCUGGUGGUUCUUGCCUCCUCGUCUGGGUGGGUGGGUGGUGGAAUAGCGUCGUCUUCGCUGGAACCCACCUGCCUGCUCUUGCUCCGCUCGCGCAGUCGCGCUGGAGGUGCGUGAUUCUUUUUCGCCGCCACGUCCUCAGUUCAUGCUGUGUUGUUCGCCUGCGACCGUGAAUCCGUGAUUGCCACGCACAUUUCAUUAGUCUGCAUUUAUUUCUAUCUUGGGGAUAAAAGAAUGUCGGGAGCUCGGAACUCUCCGUGUUAUUUGAAUGCCAAGACAAAUGCUUAGCACCAGCGAACUCGUGGCCUUGACCUGAAGAAAAAUCGUUUUUUUCUCUCACUCGUAGUAUUAAAUAUUUACUAUCAUUAUUUCUUAAGUUUGCAGCUAAAGCUACUGAUUGGUUCGUACUGACCAGCCAAGCCAAAGAGGGAUUCUUUGGAGGCAACCAGAGGUGUUUGGUUUGGUCAAGCUCCCUUCUUUUGUCUUGCCCAUGGAAUGCUUGCUGUGAACUGCUUGUAUUCAUGCUUGAGAGAAUUUCAGUGUAGCAUCUUGUGGUCUUGUCCUCUCUGAUUGGAAGAGAAAACGUGCUGUCUUGUGGCUUGCUAUGUCUGUCUCGGAGAAGGUGGUGCUAUCAUCAUCAGUUUCUUCGUCGUCAGAUUUAGAUCCGUUGCUGAAGGGUCUUACGGAGAAGAAGUUGAGCUUUAGGAGGAACGUGGUGUCAUUGGCAGCCGAGCUCAAGGAUGUGAGGAGCAAGCUUGCUUCCCAGGAGCAGCUGUUUGUAAGGGAAUCUCAAACUAGAAAGCUUGUGGAUACAAAAGCAAGGAGCAUGGAAGAGGAAGUAAGCAAGUUGCAGAAAUGCUUACAGGACAAGGAUGAGCAACUGCGUUCAUCCACAAGUAGCACGGAACAGUACCUCCAUGAGUUGGAUGAUCUUAGAACACAACUGUCAUUUACUCAAGCUACAGCAGAAGCAAGUGCUGCAUCAGCUAAGUCAGCCCAGAUGCAGUGCUUAUCAUUGCUGAAAGAGCUGAAUGAGAAGGACAUCUCGCUCAAAGAGCACGGGCUUCGAGUGAACAAGCUAGGUGAGCAGCUUGAUCUUCUCCAGAGGGAACUACAAGCAAGGGAGCUCUCGCAAAUGCAACUUAAAGAUGAAGUUAUAAGAAUCGAGACCGACAUCAUGGAUGCAGUUGCCAAAGCUGGGUCUAGGUCUGACAAAGAUAAUGAGCUUUUAAAGAUCUUAUCUGAUGUUUCACCAAGGAAUGUCCAGAACCUCAACAACCUUUUGAAUGCUAAGGAUACAGAAAUUGCGAGGUUGAGAGAGGAAAUCAGAAUAUUGUCUGCUCACUGGACGAACAAAACCAAGGAACUUGAGUCACAUUUAGAAAAGCACCGGAGAACUGAUCAGGAGCUGAAGAAGAGGGUUCUAAAGCUUGAAUUUUGCCUUCAAGAAUCCCAGUCUCAGAUGCGAAAAUUAAAGAGGAUGGGCGAGAGAAGAGACAAGGCUCUCAAGGAGCUCAUGGACCAGGUGGCCACGAAGCAGCCAAACAGCAUGUGCCAUGGCAACAAGGAGAAUUUCUGGGAGGGCCAGGGCUUCAAGUUCAUCGUGUCUAUGUCGAUGCUGGCACUAGUGAUCCUCGCAAAGCGAUGAAGCAGCAUCGCAUACCCAAUCUUGUGUAAAGAAGGUAGAGAUUCCAUCUAUCGUUAGGUGAGCAACUAGCUCAUAGCUUAAGCAGAUGUCGAUGUAGCGUUUACAUUAGUUUGUUGUUUGUAUUCUUGGGCAGCUGUGCAUAAUGCAUGGUCAGAAGUUGCAGUCUGUAAUCCGUAGUCUCUGCUAGGGCAUGUGAACUCAGAAGGUGUCUUGUACUCACAUCUAGUUCAUGUCAGCUCUUGAGCAGUCAUGAAUCUACAUCUUGUAAUUUCAGAGUAGCUUCAGCAGUUGUCACAUGUAACUCUAUAAUUGCUGAAUCUACAUCUUAUAAUUUGCACUCUUAUGGUUGCGAAUUUGG